CUCCCCCCGCGCCGGGUUGCCAUGGCGACGGCGGGCCCGGGCCCCGCGGCGGGCGAGACGAAGGUGAUCUACCACCUGGACGAGGAGGAGACGCCCUACCUGGUGAAGAUCCCGGUGCCGGCCGAGCGCAUCACGCUGGGCCACGUCAAGGCGGCGCUGGCCCGGCCCGGCGCCAAGUACUUCUUCAAGAGCAUGGACCAGGACUUCGGGGUGGUGAAGGAGGAGAUCUCCGAGGACGGCGCCCGGCUGCCCUGCUUCAACGGCAGAGUCGUCUCCUGGCUGGUGUCUUCGGAGGCGCCCCCGCCCGAGCCGCCGCCGCCGCCCGUAGAGGCCCGGCCGGAGCCUUCUCCCCCGCCGCCUCCGCUUCCCCCGUUGCCCGCAGAGCGGACCAGCGGCAUCGGGGACUCCCGCCCUCCUUCCUUCCACCCAAACCUCUCGGGCAGCUGCGAGAACUUGGACCACGAAACCGAGACGGAGUCCGUCGUUUCGCUGAGGAGGGAGCGGCCCCGUCGCAGGGAGAGCACGGAGCAUGGAGGCGGGCACCGGGUAAAUGGACAAUCCCGGCUGGAGCGGCACUUGGCUGGGUACGAGAGUUCCUCCACGCUGCUCACGAGCGAACUAGAGACCACCAGCCUCUGCGACUCGGAUGACGACGCCGUGAGCAGGUUUAGCGGUUCUACGGAACAGAGUGGUGCCUCCCGCCUCCUCAGGCGCCACCGCAGGCGGAGGAAGCAGCGCCCGCCACGUCUCGAGCGGACGUCCUCCUUCAGCAGCGUCACCGACUCUACCAUGUCCCUCAACAUCAUCACUGUCACUCUGAACAUGGAAAAAUACAACUUCCUGGGCAUCUCCAUUGUGGGGCAAAGCAACGAGCGGGGAGACGGGGGGAUCUACAUUGGCUCCAUCAUGAAAGGGGGGGCGGUGGCAGCAGAUGGCAGGAUUGAACCUGGAGACAUGCUGCUUCAGGUUAACGACAUCAAUUUUGAAAACAUGAGCAACGAUGACGCUGUGAGAGUCCUGAGGGAGAUCGUGCACAAGCCAGGUCCGAUCGUUCUGACAGUGGCCAAGUGCUGGGACCCGUCCCCGCAAGGGUAUUUCACUCUGCCGAGAAAUGAACCGAUCCAGCCCAUUGACCCGGCAGCUUGGGUGUCCCACUCAGCUGCCCUGACGGGGGCCUUUGCCCCGUACCCGGGGAGCAGCUCAAUGAGCACCAUCACUUCAGGGACCUCCGUCACGGAGACCGAACGCUUCGAUGACUUCAACCUCUCGGUCCACACGGACAUGGCUUCGGUCACCAAGGCGAUGGCGUCCCCUGAGUCUGGCCUGGAGGUGCGGGACCGCAUGUGGCUGAAGAUCACCAUUCCGGAUGCUUUUCUAGGCUCGGACGUGGUGGACUGGCUCUAUCACCACGUGGAGGGCUUCCAGGACCGCCGUGAGGCCCGGAAGUACGCCAGCAACCUCCUGAAGGCCGGCUUCAUCCGCCACACGGUGAACAAGAUCACCUUCUCCGAGCAGUGCUACUACAUCUUCGGUGACUUCAGCGGCUGCGAGAACUAUAUGGCCAACCUCUCCCUCAAUGACAACGACGGAUCGAGCGGGGCCUCUGACCAGGACACCCUGGCACCUCUGCCGCUGCCAGGUGCCACUCCUUGGCCUCUGAUGCCCACCUUUCCCUACCAGUAUCCGGCCCCCCACCCGUACAGCCCCCAGCCCCCGCCUUACCACGAGCUCUCUUCGUACAGCUACGGGAUGGGGAGUGCUGGCAGUCAGCAGAGCGAAGGCAGCCGGAGCAGCGGCUCAAACCGCAGCGACGGGGGUGGGGGCGGCCGGGCGGCCGGAAGACCCAAGGAGGAGAAGGCGGGGGCAGACUCCAAGUCCGGGAGCGGGAGCGAGUCGGAAUAUUCCACCCGCAGCGGCAGCCAGCGUGGGGGUGCAGUGGUGGGGCCGAGCGGGGAAGGGCCUUCGCAGCGCAGCCAGCACAGCCUGGGGGGCGGCAGCGUGCGUUCCCACCAUUCCCUCCACAGCACCUACGCUGCUCCCGGGGGCGUGCCCUUGGGCUACAAGCCGAUGGUGGUAAUGAUGAUGCCUCCGCCGCCACCCGCUGCGGCCGCCGUGCAGCCCCCAGGUGCCCCCCCGGUGCGUGACUUGGGCUCGGUGCCCCCCGAGCUCACCGCCAGCCGCCAGUCCUUCCACAUGGCCAUGGGCAACCCCAGCGAGUUCUUUGUGGAUGUGAUGUGAUGGGGCUGCUGGCCCCCCCGAGCCAUUCUCACCAGAACCAGCCACCCAGAGGGGUCUGGCCUCUUGCUGUUUGUGGUCCCUUGCCACAGAAGAGGCCAGAAGGACCAAACGCUUCCAGUCCCAC